GAAUUUCACAAUAGAGUAAUUUAUCCUUUCAGCGUAGACUAUCUGUGUAUCAUAACAGGUUGCCGCUGUGUGACGUCCCCCAAGGACGUUAAGCUGGUUAAACUUCAACUGAAGAGGACAGGUCUAGGUGUAUGUUCAUAUUCUCCGGGCAGCAUCCCCACAGCAGCUGGAGGACGGAGAAAGAGGAAGUGCAGACGAGGAGAUUUAACUUGGAGCAGUGAAAGGAAUGAAGAUAUACUGGCCAAAGCAAUGACGUAGAUGAUAAGUGGGUGAGAUAAGACACACACUGACUACGAGUACAAUCAGCCCUCCUGCCUCUGAAAUGGAGCAAGAAGCUGCAGCUCGGGAGGAUGCAGGCUCACAGCUGAUAUACAGGAUAGAGCGUCCGGUUUAUGAUGAAGGCUUCAUCCGGUCGCAGCUUCUCCACCGCAAAGAAGACUCCACCACCCUCCGACAGAGGCUGGCACAAAAGUUCAGGUGUUCAUCUAAGAAAGCCAAAGCAGCGGCUUUAAGCUGUCUGCCCAUUCUAACAUGGCUGCCAUCCUAUCCAGUCAAGCAGUACCUGUUUUCGGACGUGGUCUCAGGUCUGAGCACAGGAGUUGUGCAGCUCCCUCAAGGUCUGGCCUAUGCUAUGCUGGCUGCUGUGCCUCCAGUUUAUGGUCUGUACUCCUCUUUCUACCCCGUGCUGCUCUACACCUUCUUUGGCACAUCCAGACACAUAUCCAUUGGCACCUUUGCAGUCAUAAGUCUGAUGAUCGGGGGUGUUGCAGUGAGGGAGGCCCCGGACUCCAUGUUUUAUGUCCUGCCUGCCAAUGGAUCCAACAUGUCUGCUGUCUUGGACGUGGAGGCACGUGAUGCCAGGAGGGUGCAGGUGGCUGUUGUGCUCACAACCCUGGUGGGAAUCAUCCAGUUUGUCCUAGGCCUUCUCAGGUUUGGCUUUGUGGCGAUCUACCUCACAGAGCCCCUGGUGCGAGGUUUCACUACAGCAGCAGCGGUGCACGUUGUUGUCUCUCAGCUAAAGUACCUGCUGGGGGUGAAAACGCAGCGCUUCAGUGGGCCCCUCUCUGCUAUUUAUAGCGUCAAGGCGGUACUCAGUGACAUCACCAGCACCAAUGUCUCCACUCUCAUCUUGGGCCUUGUGUGCCUCGUCUUCCUGUACGCAAUCAAAGACCUCAACGAGCGAUUCAAGAAGAAACUGCCUAUUCCCAUCCCUGGAGAGAUUAUUGUGGUUAUUGUGUCCACCAGUGUCUCCUAUGGCAUGUCCUUAUCAGAGGGCUACAAAGUGGACGUAGUUGGGAAGAUACCAACCGGGCUUCUCCCUCCCGCUGUCCCAGAGUUCUCUCUGUUACCCAGUUUGGUCACAGACUCCUUUGCUGUAGCGAUUGUCGGAUUCUCAAUGGGCAUCUCGCUUGCCAAGAUCUUUGCCCUGAAGCACGGCUACAGCGUGGAUGGCAACCAGGAGCUGAUUGCCAUUGGUCUGUGUAACUUCAUCAGCUCUUUCUUCUCAACCUUCGCCAUCACUUGCUCCAUGUCAAGGAGCCUAGUGCAGGAGAGCACUGGUGGAAAAACACAGAUUGCAGGACUGCUGGCGUCUCUCAUGGUGCUGCUGGUGGUGGUGGCCAUUGGUUUUGUCUUCCAACCGCUCCCUCAGACUGCGCUGGCUGCCAUCAUCAUGGUGAACCUACUGGGGAUGUUCAAACAGUUCAGAGACAUUCCUGUUCUGUGGAGGACCAGUAAGAUCGAACUGGCCAUCUGGCUGGUGGCCUUCGUGGCGUCUGUGCUGUUGGGGCUGGAUUAUGGUCUCCUGGUGGCCCUCUCAUUCGCCAUACUAACAGUCAUCUACAGAACACAGAGCCCUAAAAGUGCUGUCCUGGGCCAUGUCCCCGGCACAGGGCUGUACUGUGACGUGGAUGAGUAUGAAGAGGCAGCUGAAUAUGAGGGGAUUAAGAUUUUCCACUCCAACUCUUCAAUCUACUUUGCUAACAGUGACCUUUAUGUGAACGCCCUCAAAGAGAAGACGGGAGUAAGCCCUGCCGACUUACAAGCUGUCCGGAAAGCCCACAAAAAACAGAGGGAGAAGACAAAUGGCAACCACGACUCUCCGCUUAAGAUGUGUGCCAAGCAGAGAGGGGUGACCCAUGAGGUUUUGUCCUACAACCACGUGGCGGAGGAGGAGAGGAACGGCCAGCUGGGGGAAACAAACAGCCAGUCAGACUCAGAGGGUGCUGUCUUCCUGGAACCUCUCAGUGCUGUCCACUCCAUCAUCCUGGACUGGACGUCUGCCAGCUUCAUUGAUUCUGUUGGAGCCAAAGCCAUCAAACAGGUUAUUAAGGAAUACGCAGCUGUGGAUGUUCGAGUGGUCAUAGCCGGCUGUAGCAGGAACCUACUAUCCGAGCUGGACACCCUACAGUUUUUCACCGGGGACGUGACUCCAGAGAUGGUGUUCCCCACCGUCCAUGAUGCUGUACUGCACUGCCAACACUCAAAUCCCAGCCCAUCAGCUGCUCUAACCAAUGGAACAACCAGACAAGUGGACGACACCUGUAACCAAGGACAAAUCACAGCAGCAGAGUCCUGAUGUGUGCCGCUGACUUGAGAGGUCCUGCACCCAACUGUAGGGGUGAUGAACUUCAAAUGUUCUGGCAUUACAGUAGGGAUGAACUGAGCAAUCAUUUACACUGAAUAGAAGAGUGUUUGUAUCACGCGUGGAGGAUUUUAGUUCACAGGAGUCUGACAAACUUGUUAACUUGAACGUGCCCGGAGCACUGAGAUACAGGGCCGUUAUGAGACUUUUAUUUUAUCAGACAUUCAUAUUGAGAUUCCAGCUGACAUUCCUACAGCUUUAUUCCUCCACGUCCUCUCCAGAGGGGACUGUUUAGAAGUGCACUUUGAAGUUUCGUAGUUGUUAAAGUUUUCACCGCUCUGCUGGGAGAAGUACAUUUUAAAGUAAGCUGCUGCUGUCCAACUGUCUGUUAGACUGAUUUCCAAUAUGUAGUGGUAACUUGGAGACUGACCAGAAGCUGCCUCUCAUCGUCAUGCUGGUAUCAUAUUUAUGGUUACUGAGAAGUUGUGUCCUGAUGAAUUUGAGUAUUCUAUUUUCAGCUGUAUUUGUGUGUUUGUGUAUUUAAACCAGCAGAAACACUAUCAUUGGUCAACUUGCAGUAUCAAGUUUGUUACAGUACAU